AAGUACGCUCAUCGUGCACGUCCAACGUCCGCGACCCGUCCCGCAACGAUCACCCAGUCAGGAGCAUCAAAACACCACGAAACCAAAACACAAAGAGAAAUGGAACUCAUGGAGCUGGUCGAGAACGAACCCACGACGCGUCCUUUCCAGUGCGACUGGACGGCGUGUGGUAAGAGCUUCAACCGCAAGUCAGACUUGCAAAGACACUACCGGAUACACACCAACGAACGCCCGUACGCGUGCUCAACUUCAGGAUGUGGAAAGAGCUUCAUCCAGAGGAGUGCUCUGACAGUCCACAUCCGGACACACACUGGCGAGAAACCGCACCAAUGCCAACACAUGGGAUGCGGAAAGCGUUUCUCAGAUGUCCGUAUCUUUCCUCCUUCAGGGCCAAUAGCCUUUGACGCUCCCAGAUGGCCUGUACUGACUUCAGCGCAGUCUUCAAGUCUGGCGAGACAUCGUCGGAUCCACACGGGCAAGCGCCCAUAUAAAUGCGCCCAUGAUGGCUGCUUGAAGAGCUUUUGCAGGAAAACAACAAUGGUGAAGCACCAAAGACGGUCCCACCAGCGCGGAAUCCACUCGUCCGAAAUCGACGACUCCAUGUCAGAAACCGGGAGCGAGGACUCGCCGUCAACACCGAAGAGCCACAGCAUGCCAUGGCCACCACACAACGUGGCCAUGAUGGGCCACCACGGCCACGGCCACCAGAUCCACCGCGCCGCAUCCUUCGCCGACUUUGGCCAGCACAUGAACGGCUACAACUUGCAGCAGCAGUACGGCCAUAGGCAUAGCAUUUCGUCGAGCGCUGCACACGAGUAUCAUGGACACCCACACGCCCAAGCUCCCAUGCAUCCGCACGAGCAGCCCCAACAACACCAUCAGCAACAGCACCCCGGUGUGCCCAUGCUCCAGCGGACAGCCAGUCUGCCGCAGCACACCUACUUUGUGACGGAGCAGAACAACCCUGGGGUAGCAACUAUGAACCCCAACGCGCAUCCGGGAGCUGCACCAAUGCACCCUCAAUACCAGCAAAUUCCACGACAAGGCGUUGAGCGGCUGGGGCUGGAAAUGCCCCCAUUCCCGUCAGCUCAAGUCCUGAACGGCAGCAUCCAGAGCAGCCCCAGUAGCUUCUCGGCGGCGUCUGGGCGAAGUCCGUCCACUCAAGGCGGCUUCUACACGCACGCGCCGACGGCACAGGCAGCAACAUACGCGCUGCACGCCGCCAGCCCGGUCGAGCAACAAACUCCGCAGAUGGUCGCGUAUCAAGGCCAGAUGGCUCCGCAACCCCAGGCCAUGGCGCAGCCACCUCCCCAGCAGCCCACCUCGCAGCAGCAGCCAGCGCCAGAGCAGUACCAAGCGCAGCACGCGCAAGCCGAAGAACAGCAAUGGUACAAUGGCGUCGCAUACCAGCCACCUGUCGAAGUGACGACAAUCAACUCAAUAUCGGCGUAUCCCUCGUACGACCCGUGGGCGCCAAAGCUGGAGUUUGAAGACCCUGCCAUGGUCCUCCCCAGCGCUCGAAUCGAGAAUAUGUGAAGGAGUAGCUCGUAGCUCUUCUUCCACUUGCUCUGCCGCAUGAUUGUCUUUCCUGUUGCCACUAGUCAUCAUAAAUACCCCCUUUAGGCCUCGCCUGUGUACUAACGGUUCCUGUUUCUUGUCGUUUAUUUCAUCGUUUGAGUACCGGCGUUGUUAGCCGCUGUCGUCGACAGUUGGUUGGGGAAACGUGGUUGCAGAGCAGAGUUCCCCAAUUGGGCCCUACAGAACCAGUCGUCGUCUCUCUCUCUCCUCCGCC